GGUGACGACGGUGGCCCUGGGCAAGCACCGGCUGUACGGGCGGGAGGCGGGGGAGGAGCGGCGCAUGGUGGCCAAGCGGGUGGCCCACCCGGGCUACAACUCCUCCUCCAAGGACAACGACAUCAUGCUCCUCAAGCUGCUGACCCCGGCCGCCCUCUCGGACCGCGUCCGGCCCAUCCCCGUGGCCUCCUGCCUGCCCAGGCCCGGCACGGCCUGCACCACCUCGGGAUGGGGGGCCACCACCUCGCCGGAAGUGACGUACCCCGAGGUCCUGCAGUGCGUCAACGUCACCCUCUUCUCGCCCGCCGAGUGCCAGGACUUCUACCCCGGCUCCAUCACCCCCAACAUGAUCUGCGCCGGCAACGUCGCCGGCGGACAGGACUCCUGCCAG